AAUUAUAGUGUAAAAUGGCCUUUAGAUUUUGCAAAGAAAGAAAGGCAGCAAACUGGAUUCCAAAACCCGUUGGUGGGAGAGUGGCUGGUAGUUUUAACCCAAGGCGACGUAGGAAUGGCAGUCACCUCAGGGAAAAGCAAUGGAAAAGAAUCUUGAUGUCUCCCCGCAACUUAUACCACUCCAUGAAGACUGGCAUUUUCAAAACUUGUCUAUGGAGAGGGAGAAGAAGAGAAAAGAGGACAUCAAGCCUCUUCUUCUUCUUCUAAAGGUUGCCAUUCCAUUAGCUUUUCCCUUGGCUGGUUUUAUUUUAUCCACUCUCACAACAAAUAGUAGAACAGAGAGAACGACCCAGCCUUCUUGUCCACCACAAGAACAAAUGGAUAACACCCUUUCCAAUUCUCAGUAUGAGCAUGGGGAGGAUGAGAGAUCCCAUGGCCUGAACACAUCCUCCAUGUACCAAGAAAAAGGAGAGGAUGAACCCGAAAAGAGAGAGCCUUCGGUAAGCUUACAUGACUCUAGUUCUCUGGAGGUCACGAGAGUGCGAUGUUCCAAUAACGUGAGAGAGAUUUCAAUCAAGCAAUCCCAGGAUGGUCCAAAUUUAGAAGAAGACAUUGAAACUCUGAAGUCCCAGAUAGCUGCCCUACAAGAGAAGGAACAUGAGUUUGAUUCCCAAAUUUAUCAGUACUGCAAUCUAAGAGAACAGGAAUCUGCAAUCCAAAAGCUUCAGAUUAUGUGCUUGGGUUUCAAACUCGAGUCUCUGGAAGCUCAAAAUCAGAGGCUGGAGGACACAAUUGUAGAGCUCCGAGAAGGUAUGAAACAAUAUGACAUGAUGACAGAUGUUCUCGGAUCGCUCCAGCGGAAGGUGAAGAAGCUUCACAAGACAAACAGACUGCAUUCUCGCCUCAUUCACCGACAGUCUCUGGACCUUGAUGCUAGAGAAGUCGAGUUGUCGAUGGCAAAACAAGAGUUGAAACAAGCUACCAAAGAAAUUAAAGAUUUGGCCGAUCAACUGCACCAGGACAACAAAGCAAUGGAGGAAAAGCCGGACCAGACAACAAUGAUGAAUCCAUCAGCAUCAAAGGAUAAGCAAGAGCUAGUGAUUGAAGAUGAUGGCUCGCCACAACUGAGCAAGAAAGAAUUGUUAGAUCAACUAGAGCUGUUUCGAGAACAGUGGUAUGCUGAUAUGGAGGAGAUGAUUUAUCUAGGAUGGAUUGGUGCAUGCUUAAGGUAUGAGAUAUUGAUUAAUCAAAAGGAAGAAGAUCAGAAGCCGGUAGGAGAGGUGGGAGACCAUCUGGUGAUGGAGCUACCCAUAGAAGAUCGGCCUAAGAAUUGCAUCACCGAAUUCCAUGAUUCAGAUUGUUCAUCAUUAGUUGCAGACGUUGAAAAUGCCGGCUUGGAUGUAGCACUAGUGAAGCAUCAUUCAGGCUCCACGAAGCCAAGAUUGCUCCACAAGAUUAAAGGAUGGGCAAAAGGAAAGGGGAGAUCUAAAAGAUGGUGUGACCGAGACCGGAGCUCCUCGGAGAGAUGGUGCGGCCCCAGCUGAAGCAUGGAAAGUUGUGAAUGGAGAUGCUCACGCUAGAGAGAGUGUUGCAAAGAAGUAAAUGUCACAAAAUAUUAUGCAAAAUUCCUCACAAGCUAAAGAUUUGUCGCACUUGCAUGUAAAUUCUGAUCAUUAUACAUGAUAUCGUUCUUUGGUCAAACAACUA